AUGAACCGCUCGAUUGAGCUCAUGGAGUUCGACGACAGCAAAGACUCGAGCAGCGAGAUGAUGCACCAAAGCGACGGACCCAUAUUGACCGUCAUGGCCCACAACCCUGACUUGAGUUACCUUCGAGCAACCACCAUAGCUUCGGACCCGAAAAGCUCCGAUAGCAGUCCCAGCAGUAAAUACGGCAGUCCCGAAGACUCGUUUGGCGAAGACGAGCUGGAGGACCGUUCCCAUACUGGAUUCAAGUCAACCGUGCGCCGCAAGACAGACUCGAACAGCAAACGUCCAUGGACGCGCGAGGAGAAUGACAAGCUCAUGCAAUUGGUGAAGCAGUACGGCGCCAAGCGCUGGUCCCUCAUUGCAAUGCACUUGCCUGGCCGGGUGGGCAAACAGUGUCGUGAACGAUGGCACAAUCACUUGAACCCAUUGGUCCGCAAAGAUGCGUGGACAGCUGAAGAAGAUUACGUGAUCUUUGAGUGCCACAAGAAUGUGGGCAACCAAUGGGCGGAGAUCUCCAAGAUGCUGCCGGGUCGAACGGACAAUGCUAUUAAGAACAGGUACUACUCGACCAUGCGACGCAUGCAGCGACAGUCGAUGCGUAAAAAAGGACCAAUGCGCGAAGGCAAGAGCAUUCGAGUCGCGUCGCUCACGUCGUCGCCCGUGCAGAUGAACCAAGUGAGUCCUGCACCGCUGCAGCGGACCAUGGAUGGGAUGGAACGACGGUUGUCGCCACUUGAGCAACUGGCGCAGCAACAACGUGGGAUGGAUGGCAACCCCAUGGUCGACUUUGAUCGUUCGAAUCUGAUGGGCUCGUCGCUGCGACAACCGUCGGUGGUUUACCCGGUGAACGGAGGCAGCUACUUGAACAUUUUGAACCAAGACUAUAGUCGCCCGAUAUCGAUGACGUCGUCUUCGUGCUCGGGCGCUGACGAUAUCGCGCAGACCACUCAGAACCACGAGACGUUUGAUUACGUGCCGAUGCAAACGUCCAUCCAACGCCUGCGGUCAUCGAGCCCGGAGUCCGUUGUGAUGAGCACGCCUCCUUCUUCGACAUCAAUGGGCAUGAUGAACUCGCCCUACGGCUCGCCGGCAAGCCAUGUGCACCAGUAUCAGCAGCAGCAAACCAGCAACUAUAUGAUGUCGGGCAACUUGUACUCGAACAACAGCAUGCGCGGUAGCAUGUAUGUGGGACCAAGUGGACCUGACGCCACGCAACAGUAUCGACUUGGAGAUACGCCUGCCGGGUCUCUGCCGCACAAGCGCAUCCUGGACGUCCAGGGUGCCCAGCGUGACAUGUGGAAGAACGACAGUCCUGUGUCCGUCUCGACUCCGAUCUACCGCAGCACGUCUGUGCAGCAGCACUUUCAACCGGGUCAAGUGAAUGAGUCGAUGGAGAUGCAGCAGUCCAAGUCGGUCUCCGUCCCUCUGUACAGACAAGUCCCGAACAACGGUCACUUUACGAACAUGGAACAAGUGUGGACGGACGACGCCUACUUGUGA